GAUUGACGGCUAGCGGGCUACAGGUGCGUUAGCUCGCAAGCUGGUUCGGACCCAAGUAGAAAAUGUCGGAUUGGGAGGAGGACGAGCUGGCAGUGAAUUCGGCACCGACUAAAUGGAAUUCUUCACCAGACGCCCCGGAGAAGAAAAAUGUUUCGUUCGGUGUACGAAACGGAACCAAAUAUGGAGCUUGGAGGCCGAGUGGAGAGGGCGACGACAAUGGCGGCUUGAGACAAAGUCGGCAAAAUGAAGGCCGCUCUUUUUACCGGAGCGCGGAUGGCGGAAACCCGGGACGACGCACGUGUUAUGGCGCCAACAAGUCCGAGUCUGCCGUCACCAUCACUGUGGAAAAUGGCUUAGUGGGAAGAAUCAUUGGACGCGGAGGAGCCAAAAUUCGUGAACUAGAGGAGAAUUCUGGCGCAAGAUUAAAGAUCAACAAGGGCGAUUCUGAGGGCGAGGUGGUCAUCCUGGGACCUCGUGAUGCCCAGCAGAAAGCCAAAGAGAUGAUUGAAGAGCUGGUGGCAUACAGCAACUCUCGGUCCUACAGCACUUCUUCAAGAGGAGGAAGCUAUGGAAGAGGAGGUGGCGGAAGUGGUGGUUCCGUCUGGUCCAGAUCAGAAAUAGAGGCUUCGGCGGUUCUUCCUCCCCGUGUGUCCAUAGACUGGAACGACAUUCGAGAGAACAAGCAGAAGUACGAAGAGCUCAAAUGGAAAGAAUUGCCACCCAUGAAGAAGAAUUUUUAUACAGAGGCUAAAGGUCUUUCCCUCCUCACAUCAGAAGAAGUCUCUGACUGGAGGGAAGAGAACAACAACAUCUUCGUAGACGACCUAAAGGACGGCGGGAACAAGCGCAUCGUCCCUAAUCCCUGCCGGACCUUUCUGGAAGCCUUUGAGCUUUACCCAGAGAUCAUGGACAACAUCGAGCGGGUCGGCUUCGUCAAGCCAACCCCCAUUCAGUCUCAGGCGUGGCCGGUGCUGCUUAGCGGGGAGGACCUGAUCGCCAUCGCUCAGACAGGAACAGGAAAGACUUUGGCCUACCUGCUGCCGGGAUUUGUCCACAUGGACGGACAGCCCAUUCCUCGCUGUCAGCGGGACGGCCCGGGCAUGUUGGUGCUGACUCCCACCAGAGAGUUGGCCCUGCAGAUUGAAGAAGAGUGCAGCAAGUACCGCUACAAAGGCUACAAGAGCAUUUGCAUUUACGGAGGAGGAGACCGGAGGAGCCAAAUCAAUCUCGUGAAAAGCGGCGUGGACAUCGUGAUAGCCACCCCAGGACGACUAAACGAUCUACAAAUGAAUGAGCUCAUCACUCUUCACUCCAUCACCUACUUGGUUCUGGACGAAGCAGACCGGAUGCUCGACAUGGGUUUCGAACCACAGAUCAUGAAAAUUCUUCUGGACAUCCGUCCUGACCGACAGACUGUGAUGACCAGUGCCACUUGGCCCCAAGGUGUGAGACGUCUGGCUAAAUCCUAUCUCAAAAACCCCAUGAUGGUGUAUGUUGGCACCUUAGACUUGGCUGCUGUGGGCACUGUGGAGCAGACUGUGCUGGUCGUCCAGGACGAAGACAAGAAGUCCUACUUGUUUGGCUUCAUCAGGAACAUGCUGCCAGAGGAUAAAGUCCUCGUCUUUGUUGGCAAGAAGAGUGUGUGUGAUGACCUGGCCAGUGACUUGUGUCUCCAUGGUCUGGCUGUCCAAAGUCUCCAUGGCGACCGUGAGCAGUGGGAUCGGGAGGAGGCACUGAAGGACUUUAAGGGGGGUCGAGUUCGUAUCCUGGUGGCAACAGACUUGGCAUCCCGUGGGUUGGACGUCCACGACAUCACGCACGUCUUCAACUUUGAUUUCCCGCGAAACAUUGAGGAGUACGUGCACCGUGUGGGCCGAACUGGACGAGCGGGACGCUCUGGGGCUGCUGUUACCUUGGUAACAAGAGACAACUGGAGGAUGGCACCUGAGCUGAUUCCCAUCUUGGAGCGGUCCGCACAGGAGGUCCCCGUAGAGCUGGUCCAAAUGGCGGAUCGAUACGAGAAGCACAAGAAGGAGAAGGCGAUGUACAGUCCGAGGGAUGGAGGCGGAGGAGAACGAGGAGGCAGAGAUGGAAGACGCGGCAACAGAGAUCGUAGUCAAAAUUGGGGAUUCUAACCCAUCUUCCGCUUCAAAAACACAACAGAAGCUGAAGCCUGAUGUUGUAAUUUACGUACAGUUGAUGCCUUAUUUUUGACGAGCUCUAUUUUCUUAGCAACCGAUAUGUUUAAACUUCUGUACGUUUAUUCUGACGUAGUUUAUUUACAUUCCGUAUUUUGUUCAAUAAAGACACAUUU